ACCAUAGCAACUGAAACGCCAACAUGGUGAAGUUAAGUGAGCAGCAGACAGGAACAAACCAAAACUACUUGAAGGAAGACCAAAUUACUGAAGAAAAUGAAGAAGAAACUGAGGCUGCUGGAGAUUCACAGACACAAGAAAUCCAGGCAUCUGCUUCUGGAGCUCUUGGGCAGAAGGAUGAACAGGAAGAGAUCCCACAAGAGGAGGAAGAACAGGUGGAUAUAGACAAAAUAAUUGCUGAUGACGAGGUGAUGGAAGCCAUUCUGAAUCCUGGCAGUGAAGAAACUUCCCACGAAGUUCCAGAAACUAAAGGCGAUGGAACACCGCUAUUAGGCAGAGAAAGUGAACUGAGCAUCUAUGUGGAACAAGAAAAAACAGAACCCUUGCAACUGGCUAUUACAAUAAUUCCUAGUGAAGAAACUAGUGAGACAGAGAGACAGACCACACCUGCUUUCCCCGACACUGAGAACUUUAUAGAAGGAGACGAAGAAGCAAUUCGUGAAGAUCUAUCUCCUGCAAGUACUGAAGAGGGGGAGCUUACAAAUGUUCCAUCAAUCAUUGAACCUGAGACACCAGAGAGGAGAGUGACACCAGUGAUAGAAGUGAUAGAAGUGAUAGAUGACCAAGAUAAUGAAGAUGACCAAGAGCAGAAAAGACUGUAUCGAGAAGAAUUGGAGUUGAAGCAUAAAGACUUGAUUGCAGAACGGGAGAAGUUGAUGAAACACAACCAAAAAAUGGAGAACAAGCUAGCUGAAUAUUAUAAGAAGAAAGCAGAGGAAUCAAAGAUUGAGUUAAAGAAAUCCCACGCUGAUUAUGAUCAACGAUACUUGAAGUUCAUGGAUCUUCUGGCUAAGGUGCAGGGUACUUAUAAGGAAGAGCUGGCAUUGUAUGAGGAACAGAUCGGCCAUCUUAACGCCAAGUGUGAGGAGCAACAGCAGCUGACAGAUAAUGAAUGGAAGAUGGUUCAGUCUAGGAAGAAAGCUGUAGCAAAGACUGCAAUAAACAAGCGGCCGGGAAGGCAAGCCGCUCUUCAGGAACUAGAACAAAUUCAGAAUAUCGAGGAGCAGAAAGAGAAGGAGUUGAGGCAGACUCGAUUCCUGACUAUCAGGAUGAAGAAUAAGCUGAAGUAUUAUGAGCAUCAACUGAAGGCGAAGGAGGAACUGGCAGGCGGGCUAAAUCUGAUCGACUAUGAACAGCUGAAAAUCGAGAACCAGACUUACAGUGAAAAGAUUGAGGAACGUAUUGAGGAAGUCACCAAACUGAAGAAGAAGAUAGCAGCUACCAUUGAAGUGCUGACUCACACCAAGGAGAAGCUGGAGUAUGUGGAGAAAGAGAACGAGAAGAAGAAAACUGAACUCAGGGAGGUUGAGGCCACUGUAGCACAGAAGAGGGAGAUCUUGACCAAAACAAAACAGGCACGGGACAGGUUCCGGACCGCCAACGCCAAGCUGAAGGAGGAGUGCGGCUUGCUGUGUAACAAGCUGCUGCUUCAUGACCUCGAAGACAACGUGGACACCAACGAGAGACUGCGGUACAAGCUGGAGGAGCUAAAGAGGCGACACAUUGACUUAACUCUCAACUCCUAUGGAAUCAAGAAGAAAAUUGAGUGGGUAAAGAUGGGGCAGUUGCAGGCUCAGUGAGAGCCCUCAGGAGACAGGG